AUGCCUACGUGUGUUUCUACUGCUGCUGCUAGCACAUCAGCCACCAGCACCACAACUCAGGCAACUUCCUCAGCUGUUCAAGCUAGCAGCACAGGUCCGACUACUACUACAUCUAUCACUCCAGCAGCGUCCCAGGCACCUAAGCUACCAUCAGAAAUUGUUGGCAAAAGCGUUGACGAGAUUAUUAGGGACUGGAACAAUGAGCUUCAAGACCGUACUGCGAAAUUCAGGAAACAUGCCACCGCAAUAGCUGAAUGGGAUAAGAGAAUUCUGCAAAACAGAAAUGUUCUUAUUAGGCUUGAGGCUGAGGUGGCUAAAGUUGUUGAAACACAAACAGGCUUGGAGCGUCAACUUGAGUUGAUAGAAACUCAUCAGCGAGAGGUAGACAAGGCUCUACAGAGUAUGGAGGAGGAAGCUGAACGCAUAUUCCAGGAUGAACGAGUGUUACUUCGUGAAGAUGAGGCUGCUUCAGCAAGAGAUACUAUGUAUGAACAAGCAGAAGUUGUGGAGCAUGAACUGCAACAUAUGACAGAACAAGUAAAAUCCAUCAUUCAGACUAUGAAUGCUACUCAGGGUGGUGAGCUCGAGUCCGCUGAUAGUAUGACACCAUUUGAUGUUGCGGUCCGGAUACUCGAUAAUCAACUGCGUUCCCUGAUGUGGAUUGAUGAGAAGGUUAACGAGUUCUCUGGCAGAAUACAGAGGCUGCCCAACAACAGCUCUUCAGCUGAACGUGACUCAGGGAUUCCCAGGUUUUGGUUAAGCUGA